AUGUCUAUGGCAGUUGAAGCCAAAACUAUAAAAUUGUUUCCGCAAAUACUAAAAAUCUCAUUUGGUUUUCAGAACAACCAACGCAGUAGUUCCAGUGACCUAACCUUCAAAGAAGAAGAUUCGGCCAUCGAAGGAAGUGGAUACAAUGGGGAGGUGACCCAUGACCUCGAAUCGAGUGGAUCUGGCUUUGGUCCAGAUGAUGAAGACGACCACGAACCUGAUGUUGAGAAACCUCGAACAACUUAUAUCAACCAAAAUCCAGUAUUUGAACCAACAGCGCCAAGAAAUCGACCGGACGAGUUAGACAUUGACAAGGAAAUUCCUAUAGAACCCAAGAGAGCUCCAGAACCUACUCCAGAUACCAGUGUCAGGAUGAACCCUAAACCGGAUGAUCGUCCUACUUCUUUCUUCGCUCAACCUGGUAUAUUAGCAGCUGUUAUUGGAGGAGCUGUGGUUGGAUUAUUAUGUGCGAUAUUGGUUGUAAUGUUCAUUGUAUACAGAAUGCGCAAAAAAGAUGAAGGAUCAUAUGCCUUGGGCGAACCUAAGCAAUCGCCAAACUCGAAUUCGUACAGCAGAGCACCCACAAACAAAGAGUUUUACGCCUGAAAAUAGUGUUAUGAAGGUAAUGGACGAUUAUAUUGAGAGUCUGCAAUUGCUCAUCAGAAAGGCUCAGGCAGACAUUAGGGACUGAAUCUUCUGCUUAUGUAGUGAAGCUUCAACGUCAAAUAUGGAUAUUUACAAGACAUACUCAUUAUUAAAAAACGCACAUAAUGCUGUAUUAUGUACUUUUUCGAAUUUUUUUAAUUCAGUUCAUUUGGACUAUUUAUUUCGUCUAUUUAUUGGAACGUUUAAAAAUUUAUUUUAUAAAGAUUGGGUCUUCUAUUGCCAAAAACUGCCAACAGUGUGAGUGGAUAAUCGAGUUAUAAUUUUAUUUUCAAAUUGAUUCAUCAUCUUAUAUUCUUUGGAUGUAUAUAUAAAUGUAACAAAAGAACUAAAUGUUUUAACGUCCAUUUUGAUU